AUGGGAUGGAGUAAAAGAGGAAAUGGAAAGAGCUACGAUAGUCUCAAUGGUUAUGGUACUAUUAUAGGUUUCUUGAGUGGCAAAAUUCUCGAUUAUGCUGAUAGAAUAAGAAAAUGCAAAUUUUGUGACUUGGGCAGGAAAAAAGAAGAUCAUGAUUGCCGGAAAAACUUCGUCGGUAGUGCCAAAGCAAUGGAAGCAUCUGCAGGAGCAGAUUUGGUAAACAACAGCACAGUUCUUAAAGAAGCUAAUCUUGAAGCACGAGUACUAAUUGGCGAUGAAGAUAGCUGCACUAUCGCAGCCAAUUGUGGAUCUUGGUGUUGUCGCAGAAGUGGCUCUGGGGAACAAACAAUUUUGCUUACAAACCUAACUUUAUUUGAUCAACUAUCAGCUGUAUGUGACAAGUACGCUGCUAGUGCAAAUAAAUUUUCAAUUCCUGCUUCGAGCCAAGCUAAUGAAUCAUUCAAUAAUAUAAUGGCUCAUAAAUCGCCAAAAAACAUUUGCUAUAGCAAAAGCGAAUCAUCAAGUUAUCGUCUCGCUAGUUCUGUGUGUACCAAAAAUGAUGGCGAUUCUUGUAUCGUUGGAAUUAGAAAAAAACUAAAGUUGUCACCAGGGUUACACACUUCGCUUUAUGCAGAGCUAUCAGAUAAUAAGCGAAAGAAACGUGCAAUAGAUGCAAAGCUGCCGGUUGCCAAGAAACGUCGUGUACUCGUAACUCAAGAACGUGAGAAAUUAAGAAAGAAGAAUGAAAAUUCCGAAGGCGUGCAAUAUAAAUCUAACUGCGGUCUGUCGCAAGACGGUGAAGAUUUUGAAGCCUUUGACGAAUCACAAAUUAAAGGUCCAGAUAUUCAAAUGUCACCAGAGACAUGCAAUUUAGUUUUUUUUGAUUUAGAAACCUCGGGCUUCCGUAAAAGUGACGAAAUUCUUCAAAUUGCAGCAUCUUGUAAAGGGCGAAAAUUUAGUGUCUAUAUUAAUCCUACAAAAAUCAUUGAUGAUAAAGCUUCCGCGCAUACUGGAUUAAAAAAUAUUAACGGUGAUUUAUACUUUCACGCUAAAAAAGUAGAAUCGUUGCCGCUAAAAAAAGCUCUCCAGAGUUUUUUAAUGUUUUUAAAAAUGUCACCCAAGCCAUGUUUACUUGUUGCACAUAAUGUUACGUUUGACAAAUCGCAUUUACUGCGUUCUAUUUUGAAAUGUUCGAUGGUACCUGCCUUCAGUAAAAUCGCAGGAUUUUCUGAUAGUUUGCCUUUAUUCAAGAAAAAUUUUACUUCUAAAAAGAUUUCGGGUGAAUAUAAACUGUCAGAAUUAGCUAAGAAUCAUUUAAAUGUUAACUCUGACGAUAAAUUCCAUGAAGCUUUAUACGAUGUUGAGAUUUUAGAGAAACUAGUUUCGUUGACGGACAACAAACAUUUAUUCGAAAGCUCUAAAUCUUACAGAGAGUGUUUGAUUCAUCUUAAAAAAUUAAAGAAAACUGCUUCUGGCAUGGACUGUUUAUCUCCACUAAAAGGAGUUCUAUCUGGUCAUAUAUUAAGGAAAAUGGCGUCUCAAGCCAUAAAAUACCAAGAUUUAAUUAAUAAAUAUGAGAAUGGUGGAAUUAACGAAUUAAUAAAAUUUUGUAAAGAACCAGGAAGUGAUAAUAAACCGAAUAUUACCAAAGAUAAACGGGUUUUAGAUAAGCUGUGUUCAUUUUUUACAAAAAAAAUGUGA